AAGAGGGGAGCGAAGCAAGAUACAGAGGUGAAGAAGCAAAGGCGACGAGCGAUACAACUACCAGGGAGAGGGGAGAAUCGGCCGGCGCGCCGCCGCUCGCCGGCGAUCUCCAUUUAUCCAGGUGAAGAGGAGGAAACAGCAGUUCAAAGUUUUCCAGAGAAUCGUGAGAUUUAGCAAUCUUACCCUACACCUACAAGCGGAGUAAACUACACGCCUGAGCGAGCGGAGGCGAGGGGGCAUUCGUUCCCGCGCGGGCAAUGUCGGCGGCGCAGGGCCUUGCUCUCAAGCUGCGGGCCGCGCCGGCGGCGGCUGGCGGCCGCGGGGAGAAGCGUCGCCGCUCAUCGGCGACCGCUGUGUCGUCGUACGGAGCAGCGGCUGCGGCGGCGGCGGCGCGGGCUCGCCACGGCCUCGUGUCACUGGAGGGCGGGUUUCUCGGCGGGGCUCUCCCUGCCGAGGACCGAGUGGCGCCGCGGGCAUCGGUGUCGUCGUCGCGCCAGGCGGAGGCGGCGGGGGAGGUGCGUCCUCCGCCUCCCAGGUCGAUGUCGAAGAUCCCCGAGAGCAGCAUUGGGCUGUACGAUCCCUCCUUGGAGCGCGACUCGUGCGGCGUCGGCUUCAUCGCGGAGCUCUCCGGAGAGUACAGCCGUAAGACGGUCGACGACGCCAUAGAGAUGCUCGAGAGAAUGGCUCACCGUGGCGCCUGCGGCUGCGAGAAGAACACAGGCGACGGCGCAGGCAUCCUCGUUGCCCUGCCGCACGGCUUCUUCAGAGAGGUCACGAAGGACGCAGGUUUUGAGCUUCCACCGCCUGGCGGGUACGCCGUCGGGAUGUUUUUCAUGCCCACAGACGAGGAACGCCUUGAAAAGAGCAAACUUUUGUUUCGUGAGAAAGCGGAGUUACUGGGACAUUCUGUACUAGGCUGGCGCCGGGUUCCCACAGACAACUCUGGCUUGGGUCAAUCGGCGUUAGAUACCGAACCUGUGAUUGAGCAAGUGUUUGUCACCAAAAGUGCACGUUCAAAGGCUGAUUUUGAGCAGCAGAUGUAUGUUCUACGGAGGUUCUCAAUCAUGUCCAUUCGAGAAGCUCUAGGUGUCAAGAAUGGUGGACCAAAAGAUUUCUACAUGUGCUCUCUAUCUUCAAGGACCAUUGUUUAUAAGGGUCAGCUUAAGCCAAGCCAACUCAAGGGGUACUUCUUUGCAGACUUAGGCGAUAAGAACUUCACAAGUUACAUGGCACUGAUCCACUCAAGAUUUUCCACGAACACCUUCCCUAGUUGGGAUCGAGCACAACCAAUGCGUGUUCUGGGGCAUAACGGCGAGAUCAAUACCCUUCGAGGGAACAAGAACUGGAUGAAGGCACGCGAGGGUCUCUUGAAAUGUAAUGGUCUAGGUCUAACAAGGGACGAAAUGUUGAAACUUCUGCCUAUAGUGGAUGCUACAUCUUCGGAUUCAGGUGCAAUUGACAAUGUUCUUGAACUUCUCAUACAAUCUGGAAGAAGCGCACCAGAGGCUGUCAUGAUGAUGAUCCCUGAGGCGUGGCAAAACGAUGUUAACAUGGACCCUAAGAGAAAAGCUUUGUAUGAGUUCUUUUCAGCACUUAUGGAACCUUGGGAUGGACCAGCUCUAAUCUCAUUUACUGAUGGACGUUACCUAGGCGCAACCCUGGAUCGUAAUGGCUUGAGGCCAGGCCGCUUUUAUGUGACCUACAGUGGCCGUGUAAUUAUGGCUAGUGAAGUUGGUGUGGUUGAUGUUCCUCCUGAAGAUAUUUCAAGAAAAGGUAGGCUAAACCCUGGAAUGAUGCUUUUAGUUGAUUUUGACAACCAUUGUGUUGUCAAUGAUGAUGAAUUGAAGCAAGAGUACUCCAAAGCUCAUCCGUACGGCGAGUGGCUAAAGAGACAAAGGAUACAACUCACAGAUAUUAUAGAAUCUGUAAAUGAAACUGAGAGAGUUGCACCACGCAUUUCAGGCACACUUCCAAUUACAAAUGAAAACAAAGCAGACAUGGGUCUCCGUGGAAUUUUGGCCCCGCUGAAGGCUUUUGGGUAUACAAGAGAAGCCCUGGAAAUGUUGAUGCUACCUAUGGCCAAAGAUGGAGUAGAAGCUCUCGGAUCAAUGGGAAAUGAUACUCCCCUGGCUGUGAUGUCAAACAGAGAGAAACUGACAUAUGAAUACUUCAAGCAGAUGUUUGCACAAGUUACAAACCCACCGAUUGACCCGAUCAGGGAGAAAAUUGUCACAUCUAUGGAGUGUAUGAUCGGUCCAGAAGGUGACUUGUCUGAAACAACAGAGCGACAGUGCCAUCGGCUCACGCUCAAGGGUCCUUUACUGAAUACAGAUGAGAUGGAGGCUAUUAAAAAAACGAACUACCGGGGUUGGCGCAGCAAGGUGCUUGACAUAACUUAUCCUAAAAAGAAUGGAAGGAUAGGCUUACAACAGACUUUGGAUAAAAUUUGUGCUCAAGCACGAGAAGCUAUUCACAAGGGCUACACUAUUCUAGUUCUCUCUGAUAGAGAUUUUUCUUCAGAUCGUGUAGCUGUCAGUUCCCUAUUGGCAGUUGGAGCUGUUCAUCAGCACCUUGUCUCAAAUCUUGAGAGGACACGCAUAGGGUUGUUAGUUGAAUCGGCUGAACCUCGUGAAGUGCACCAUUUUUCUACCCUUAUCGGAUUUGGUGCUGAUGCUAUAUGCCCUUAUUUAGCUAUAGAAACAAUAUGGCGGUUGCAAAUUGAUGGAAGGAUUCCUCCUAAUGCUGAUGGAGAACCUUAUACACAGAAACAACUUGUUGAAAAAUAUUUUUAUGCUUCAAACUAUGGAAUGAUGAAAGUUCUUGCGAAGAUGGGAAUAUCCACACUGGCAUCUUACAAAGGUGCUCAGAUUUUUGAGGCCCUUGGUCUUGCUUCAGAAGUGGUCAGCAAGUGUUUUGAAGGUACUCCUAGUAGAGUUGAAGGUGCAACCUUUGAAAUGCUUGCACAAGAUGCUCUUCGUCUCCAUGAGAUUGCGUUCCCAUCAAGAACUUUACCACCGGGAAGUGCAGAUGCUAAUGCUCUUCCCAACCCUGGGGAUUACCACUGGAGGAAAAAUGGAGAAGUUCACCUUAACGAUCCUUUUUCCAUAGCAAAAUUGCAAGAAGCAGCACGAGUUAACAGCAGGGAAGCAUACAAAGAAUAUUCUAGGCGCAUUCAUGAGCUGAAUAAGCAAUGUACUCUACGUGGCAUGCUGAAAUUUAGAGAAACUCCGAUCAAAAUUUCCUUGGAUGAGGUAGAACCUGCAAAGGAGAUAGUGAAGCGGUUCUGUACUGGAGCAAUGAGUUAUGGAUCCAUUUCCUUGGAAGCUCAUGUUUCCCUGGCUGAGGCUAUGAACACACUUGGAGGAAAAUCAAACACAGGUGAGGGAGGGGAGCAACCUUGUCGUAUGGAGCCUCUUCCCGAUGGUUCAAAGAAUCCAAGAAUAAGUGCGAUCAAGCAAGUUGCCAGUGGAAGAUUUGGAGUUUCCAUUUAUUAUCUGACUAAUGCAGUUGAGGUGCAGAUAAAAAUGGCUCAGGGAGCUAAACCUGGUGAAGGUGGUGAGCUACCAGGUCACAAGGUCAUUGGCGACAUUGCAGUCACUAGAAAUUCUACAGCUGGUGUAGGGCUCAUCAGCCCGCCUCCUCACCACGAUAUAUACUCUAUUGAGGAUCUCGCGCAACUUAUCCAUGACCUUAAGAAUGCAAACCCAGGAGCCAGAAUCAGCGUCAAACUAGUCUCUGAAGCUGGUGUAGGAAUUGUCGCUAGUGGUGUGGUGAAAGGCCAUGCUGACCAUGUUCUGAUCUCUGGACAUGAUGGAGGCACAGGAGCCUCCAGGUGGACGGGGAUAAAAAAUGCCGGGCUUCCUUGGGAGCUUGGAUUAGCUGAAACACACCAGACUCUGGUGAUCAAUGGUCUGCGUGGCCGAGCUGUUCUACAGACAGAUGGACAGAUGAAAACUGGUAGAGAUGUUGCUGUUGCUUGUUUACUUGGAGCCGAGGAAUUUGGAUUUAGCACGGCCCCUUUAAUCACACUUGGAUGCAUUAUGAUGAGGAAGUGUCAUACCAACACUUGCCCUGCUGGUAUUGCUACACAAGAUCCAGUGCUCCGUGCAAAGUUUGCUGGGAAGCCAGAACAUGUCAUAAACUAUUUCUUCAUGCUUGCUGAGGAGGUACGAGAAAUCAUGGCACAGCUUGGCUUCCGCACCGUUAAUGAAAUGGUUGGGCGAUCAGAUAUGCUUGAGGUUGAUCCUGAGGUACUGAAGGGCAAUGAGAAACUUGAAAACAUUGAUCUCUCACGGCUGCUGAAACCAGCUGCUGAAAGUAGUCCUGGGGCUGUUCAAUAUUGUGUGGAGAAGCAGGACCAUGGCCUUGACAUGGCAUUAGAUAACAAACUCAUAGCCUCCUCAAGAGUUGCCCUUCAAAACGGUGUUCGUGUUUUCAUUGAGACACCAGUCCGGAACAUUAACCGGGCUGUUGGCACUAUGCUCAGUCAUGAGGUCACAAAACGAUAUCACAUUCAUGGAUUGCCUUCGGAUACCAUCCAUAUUAAGCUGAAUGGGAGUGCUGGCCAAAGUUUUGGUGCUUUUCUGUGUCCUGGGGUCACCCUUGAGCUUGAGGGGGACAGCAAUGAUUAUGUGGGUAAAGGACUGUCGGGUGGAAAGAUUGUUGUGUAUCCACCAAGAAAUAGUCGAUUUAAUCCACAGGACAAUAUUGUGAUUGGUAAUGUGGCUUUAUAUGGUGCUACGAAGGGAGAGGCAUUUUUCAAUGGUAUGGCAGCAGAAAGGUUUUGUGUCCGGAAUUCAGGUGCUCGAGCAGUAGUUGAAGGGAUCGGCGAUCAUGGAUGUGAGUACAUGACAGGAGGUAUCGCUGUUAUUCUCGGAAAAACUGGUAGGAACUUUGCAGCUGGCAUGAGUGGAGGUAUUGCUUAUGUCUAUGAUGUGGAUGGGAAGUUCAGAAGCCGUUGCAAUUAUGAGUUAGUUGACUUGUAUGAUGUAGUUGAAGAAGAUGACAUCAUAACAUUGAGAAUGAUGAUACAACAGCAUAGACUCCACACAAAAAGUGAUUUGGCCAGAUAUAUGCUCUCUAAUUUUGAUAAUCUUCUUCCGAAAUUUGUUAAAGUAUUUCCAAGAGAUUACAAGCGGGUUUUGGAUAAACUAAAAGCAGAAAAGGCUGCUGAAGAAGCAAAGCAAAAGCUUGAAGCAACUAAAGCUUCAAACGGUAUUUCAGUAAAGACAGAGAAAGUGAUAAACGAAAAGCCAUCAAACCGACCAUCACGAGUUUCAAAUGCUGUAAAGUACCGAGGUUUCAUAACAUAUGAGCGAGAAGGGAUUUCUUACAGAGAUCCAAAUGAGCGUGUAAAAGAUUGGAAUGAAGUUGCAAUUGAAUUGGUUCCUGGCCCACUACUAAAGACACAAUCUGCUCGAUGCAUGGAUUGUGGCACUCCUUUCUGUCAUCAGGAGGGUUCUGGUGCUGGUUGUCCUCUUGGAAAUAAGAUCCCUGAAUUCAAUGAAUUGGUUCAUCAGAAUAGAUGGCGCGAAGCCUUGGAUCGCCUACUUGAGACAAACAAUUUCCCUGAGUUUACUGGACGUGUUUGUCCUGCUCCUUGUGAGGGUUCAUGCGUACUUGGCAUUAUAGACAAUCCAGUAUCCAUAAAGAGCAUAGAGUGCGCCAUCAUAGAUAAAGGAUUUGAACAGGGAUGGAUGGUACCACGGCCUCCACUACAGAGAACAGGAAAGAGAGUUGCUAUUGUUGGCAGUGGCCCAGCUGGCCUAGCUGCUGCGGAUCAACUCAACAAAAUGGGCCAUUUUGUGACUGUGUUCGAACGUGCUGACCGUAUUGGAGGCCUUAUGAUGUAUGGGGUUCCAAAUAUGAAGACAGACAAAGUGGGCAUUGUUCAGCGACGUGUUGAUCUAAUGACUAAGGAGGGGGUUAAAUUCGUUGUGAAUGCCCAUGUUGGAAGUGACCCUCUGUACUCCAUUGAACAGCUCCGUUCUGAUAAUGAUGCAGUUAUUUUGGCUUGUGGGGCUACAAAGCCGAGAGAUCUCCGUAUCCCUGGACGCGAGUUGUCGGGCAUCCAUUUUGCUAUGGAAUUUCUUCAUGCCAAUACCAAAAGUUUACUUGACAGUAAGUUGGAGGAUGGUAACUACAUAUCAGCACAAGGGAGAAAGGUGGUUGUCAUUGGUGGUGGAGACACAGGUACAGAUUGUAUUGGGACAUCCAUUAGGCAUGGCUGCACCAACCUUGUAAAUCUUGAACUUUUGCCUGAACCACCAAGAAAGAGGGCACCUGACAACCCCUGGCCACAGUGGCCCAAGAUCUUCCGUGUUGAUUAUGGGCACCAGGAAGCUGCUAGCAAGUUUGGAAAAGAUCCAAGAAGUUACAAAGUCCUCACGAAGCGGUUUAUCGGAGACGAGAAUGGAAAAGUGAACAAACUUGAGGUAAUACGUGUUGAAUGGGGAAAAGUGGAUGGAAGGUUCCAAUUCAAGGAAGUUGAAGGAUCAGAAGAAAUUAUUGAGGCUGAUCUUGUCCUAUUAGCUAUGGGAUUCCUGGGUCCCGAAGAGACUGUUGCUAAGCAGCUGGGUCUAGAGCAAGACAUGAGGUCAAACUUCAAGGCUCAAUUUGGAAAUUUUGCGACUAAUGUGGACGGCGUGUUUGCUGCUGGAGACUGCAGACGUGGGCAAUCCCUUGUUGUUUGGGCCAUUACAGAGGGACGGCAAGCUGCAGCAGCCGUAGACAAGUACCUGUCAAAGGAUGAAAGUGAAAUCAACGGCACAGAAGACAUUGCCAUGUCAAGUGAAGGUCUGGUCCAACCCGUAGUUGCAUAGACGAAAAUAUUUCUGCAACUUUGGUACAGCCGUGGUGAAAAGAUAGUAGAGAUAUGCAUUCUUAGCUAUAUAUAAAAGGAAAAAUAAAGGACUCCUGAAUAAUUUACAAGAAAAGAGGGCCCUUUUGUUUAUAUAAAGUAUGAUAAAAGGGAAAUUUUGCUGGCCGCUAUAUUUUUUUCCCUAUUUCUUCUCGUGAAGAGAUGCAAGUUCUGUAAUUAUAAGAGCAAUGUAUAGUUUUUGUUAAAUAAAUAUAAGGAAGAUUUUGUUUAAACAUUUGGACAUGUAUAAGUACAUACUAAAUUCUGAAGGUGCUCUUGAAGUGUUGGCAUUGACUGGCACAGGAGUAAACAAAAGCACAAGGUAUUUUUUUUAUUUCAGUGAUAGAGAAGUGCA